CGCAUGCGUUGCGGCUGCAACUUGGUUUCCUGAUGCGGAGCAAAAAACUUGAUUAUAUGUGUAUUUAUUUUUUGUUUGUUUGUUUUAUUCACUAAAACUAUUUACAUCACGGUUUCGUCACCGAGGAGGUAAAGUGGAGCGCGUGGGACGCCGCUGUUUGUCCAACCCGGAAGUGAGGAAGAGGAGGGUGAAGUGCAGACUUCCCUGGAUGGUCCCAGAGUUGCAGUGAUGAAGAGGGGGCGUGGCCUCACCGUGCUGGUGGGCGGAGUCUUCUGUGUGGCAGUGAUAUCACUGUACCGGAUGCUGGAGCUGAUGCAGGGGGCGGAACCUCAGGGGGCGGAGCCUCAGCGGCGCAGCGACACACCUGGACAGGAUCUGUCCCGCCUCCAGCAGAAGAUUGACAGGUUGGAGGGCCUCCUCAGGAACAACAACCGUCUGGUUGCUACACUGCGUGAGGCCGUGCUGCAGCACAAAUUAUGGCGCACUGGAAGAAGCGGGACCAAUAGCAGCUCAGACUCCGCCCACAGCCAAGCAGGGACACCUCCUGGAUGCAGGGUGGCUGAAGAGAUGAAGGACAGUGCUGACGGCAUCCAGCUGCUGAAUGUGUAUGACCUCUUGCCCUUUGAUAACCCUGAUGGUGGGGCCUGGAAGCAGGGCUUUGAGAUCAGUUACCAUGGCAACGAGUGGGAGGAGCAGCCACUAGAGCUGUUCCUGGUUCCACACUCUCACAACGACCCAGGCUGGCUGAAGACAUUUGACGGAUACUACCACGAUCAGACACAACACAUCCUCAACAACAUGGUGGUGAAGCUGAACGAGGACAGCAGAAGGAAGAUGAUCUGGGCAGAAAUCAGUUAUUUCUCUAAAUGGUGGAAUGACAUCGACGAACAGAAGCGAGCAAUGGUCAAACGGCUGGUGAAGGCGGGGCAGCUGGAACUGGUGACAGGAGGCUGGGUGAUGGCGGAUGAAGCCAACUCUCAUUACUUUGCGCUGCUGGAUCAGCUGAUGGAGGGCCACCAGUGGCUGCAGACACACCUGGGCAUAAAGCCGAGCAGCGGCUGGGCCGUGGAUCCUUUUGGCCACUCGCCCUCCAUGACCUACUUGCUGAAAGGGGCGGGGCUUAGCAACAUGGUCAUCCAGAGGGUCCACUACACCAUCAAGAAGCACUUUGCCCGGCAACAGACGCUGGAGUUUCUAUGGCGACAGAACUGGGACUCCUCCUCCCGCAGUGACAUCACUUGUCACAUGAUGCCAUUUUACAGCUACGAUGUGCCACAUACCUGUGGUCCAAACCCAGCAAUCUGCUGUCAGUUUGACUUCCAUCGCCUGCCAGGGGGGCGUGUCUUCUGCCCGUGGAGAAUCCCACCUCAGCCAAUCACAGAGCACAACAUCAAAGAGCGAGCCCUCCUCCUGUUGGAUCAGUACCGGCAGAAGUCCCGCCUCUUCCGCUCUCCAGUCCUUCUCGUCACCCUGGGCGAUGACUUCCGUUAUGUAGAGUCCAGCGAGUGGGACGCUCAGUUCAACAACUACCAGAAAAUCUUCGAUUACUUCGAGCAACACCCAGAGCUCCACAUCAAGGCGCGUUUCGGGACGCUGUCUGAUUAUUUCGCUGCUCUUCAUCGGCGGCUGAGUGCGGCAGGAACAACUUUGCCAACGCUCCGAGGAGACUUCUUUACGUACGCCGACCGAGAUGACCACUACUGGAGUGGAUACUUCACGUCUCGACCCUUCUACAAACGACUCGACAGAACACUGGAGUCCACACUCAGAGCGACUGAAAUCCUCUACAGCCUCACGCUAGCUGAAAUGCGUCGUUUCCAUGGUGACGGACACCUGGUUGCAGAUUUUCCAGCACGUGAACACUUCCAGCGACUUACAGCGGCAAGGCAGAGCCUGGCGUUGUUCCAGCACCACGACGCUGUCACCGGCACGGCCAGAGACCCGGUGGUGGUCGACUAUGGCAUCAAGCUGUUUCACGCCAUGUUGAACCUGCAUCAGGUGCUACAGAGCUCCGCCCACUGGCUCAUUCUGUUGGACAAGAACCAGUACCACUACGACCAAUCACAACCCUUCCUAAAGAUGGAUGAGGUGUUCUCUGCACACGAUGCUCUGCCUCAGAGGACGCCGCUCAUGCUCAGUGAAGAACCGAGGUCAUUGAUCGUGUUUAACCCGACGGAGCAGCACCGUAGCUCCGUCAUCAGCAUCAUUGUCGAUUCUUUGGAUGCUCAUGUGGCCGACGCAGAAACUGCCCAACCAGUGGCUUCUCAGAUCUCUGCAGUGUGGGCGGAGCCAAGCAAAAUGUCCACAAAGGCCUUCCAGCUUUCCUUCAUCGCAGAUCUUCCUCCUCUGGCUCUCACCGUGUAUCAUGUGACCAAAGCGCCUGCUGGCUCCACCCCCCGGGCUCGCUAUACUGUCCAUCGUCAUGGCAAGCUGGCGACCAUGCAGUCUGAACACUUUCAGGUGUCCCACCUGCAGGGAUCUGAGGUCAACACCCCACUGUUGCUUAGCAACAAGCACCUUCGGUUAUGGAGCUCUCCGGAAACCGGCCUUCUGCAGAAGCUCCUCCUCCAGACCGGUCUGGUCCAGCAGGUCCAAAUCCAGUUCCUUUGGUAUGGAACCAGGACCAGAGCGAAUCAGGACAAGAGUGGAGCCUAUUUGUUUCUGCCGGGGGAGGAGGGUGAACAGCUCUACUCGCCCUCAGAACCCCCCCUGGUCCGGGUCUCCAGAGGUCCGGUGUUCUCUGACAUCACUUCGUGUUUCCAGCACUUCACACACACGGUCCGACUCUACCACCUGGACGGGCAUGCUGGGAAAUCCCUGGAGAUUUCCAACGUGGUGGACAUCAGGUCAGAGUACAAUCGCGAGCUUGUAAUGAGACUCAUCAGCAACGUCGCCAGCAGCAACCGUUUCUAUAGUGACCUCAACGGUUUCCAGAUGCAGCAGCGGCAGUUUCUGAAGAAGCUCCCUCUUCAGGCCAACUUCUACCCAAUGAGCUCUGCCUCCUUCCUGCAGGACUCGUCCAGUCGGCUGUCUCUGCUGUCAGCUCAGAGUCAGGCGGUGGCGUCGCUGCGUCCAGGUGAGCUGGAGGUGGUUCUGGACCGGCGGCUCCAGCAGGAUGACAACCGCGGUCUUGGUCAGGGUGUCACCGACAACAAACUGACGGCAAGUCUCUACAACCUGCUGCUGGAGGACCGGAGAGGCGGGGCCAAGGAAGUGGGAGGAGCCUCGGUGGAACACCUGUCCAUGCUCGCCCACCUGGCCUCCCUCUCUCUCUGCCACCCACCUAUCUCCAUGGUCGCCUCAAGCGACACUAAGCUGCCAAAGCUCCGCCCCUUCCUGCCGCUGGGUUCGUCCUUGCCGUGUGACAUCCACCUGCUGAACCUGAGGACGCUGGAGAACCCACAGGAAGCAGGAAGUCCGUCACAGGAAGUUGCCCUCCUUCUCCACAGGAAAGGCUUUGAUUGUAGCUCCGCCCCUGAUCCACUGCCGUUGUGCACGUGGAGUGUGCACGAGGAGGUGAACCUGGACGACCUCUUCUCACCGCUCCGGUUUCGUUCGGUCCGACGUUCCGGUCUCACUCUGCUGCGGGACCACGAUGAGCCGGAGUCGGACCGACGCUUCACUCGCCUCAGACCAAUGGAGAUCGAAGCGUUCCGGGUGGAGCUGGACUGAAAACCGGACGGAACCAGAUUUUCUGCUUCUUUUGUGGCCAAUGAGCUGAGCGGCCAACCAGACGCUGAGAAAUAAGCUACUUCCUGUCAGCUGACAGGAAGUAUUAAGCCAUUAAAGGUCAAAUGAUUUAUUUACAGAGAAACACUGUAUCUGAAUCUGUUGCUAUGGCAACACGCAGGGACCAAUCAUCAUUUGCUGGGUGGAUCUUAGUGAUUGUGUGUGUGUGUUUCCAUGGUAACACUGUGUUACUGCUGUGUGUGAUAUGGUGUGGGUUCCGGUGAUUGAUUGGGUUUAUUGAUCCAUGUUUCUGUGAAAAGGGAAUUCUGGGAAAACUUUUAUUUUUUUAAUUUUCUGUUUUUACUUUUGGAAAUAUUUUUCUUCUUCUGGGAAAAAAAUCGAUUUUCAUUAUAAAUAAAUUAUUUUUAAUUCUGA